CCUAAAAAGAAGUUCUCUGCAGCAAUGGAGGAUCCGAAAAUUAUGGAAGGUUAGCCUGAUGUAAUUUUAUCAAAUAAUAUAAAAUAUAUAGUAGAGGCAUUGAGCAAGCGAGAAGGGAAAGACCUGGAGAUGGAGAAACAGAGCAUGGACAUCGCCAUGAUAUCUUUGGGAACAGAAAAGUAAUUCGAUGGAUUGGGAGGAAGAAGAUUCCCACACGUUUGCAUGUGUAAAGCGACAAUCUUGUCCCCUGCAGAGAGAGACCCAGUUCAGCAUUUUCAAGGUAAGACAACAAAAAUGGUGCGACUGCCUCGAAUAAGAGACAUUAACCGUAUAUUGACAUGGCAGUCAUUUGAAGGAGAAACAUGAAUAUGUAAAAUUGAGCUGUUGCGAUAUUUCAUUACUUCUUUUAUAUAAAUUCUCGUAAACAAAAAACAAAAUUUUAAUGUAAAAAUCAUUGGAACGUAUACAAUAUAAAAACUUGUAUAUUGUAAUAAGCAUGUCCUAGUCAAGUCCGGGUCCUAGAUUUAAAAAAAUAACGGGUCACGGUAUAUGAGCCUUGUUCAGUACCUCAAAGAAAAUAAACCAUAUGUAAUUUUAUAAAAGAAUUGGGUGAGGCCCAAUUGUCAAUUUUUAUGCAGCCAGAUUGACCUUGAAACUCCAGGAAAGAUGCUUUAACCUAUUUCACUUAACUAUUACAAUACAGCUGUGACUUCUAAAGAAAUAGUUUGUGUCAGAUACAUCCAUUUGAUUAUAAAAGAAAUUAGCAUCAAUAAUGGUGGAGAUAAGAAAGAGUUAGGAGGGAGGCAUGGCAUGAACUUUGCUGAAUUAUUUACUUCUGCAUAUCCAUUAAUUAUAAUUAGAUGAGCUUGAUAUUCCUCAUGUCUCCAUCAGCCAAGUUAUAUAAAUAUGCUUCUCUGAUGGCCAAAGGAUGAAAGCAAGUUGAAACUGCUCUAGCUCUUUCGUAGUUCAUUAGCUUAGGCUUUUGUAAAAAAUGGAAUCCUUCGCUGCAAACUCAAAGAAAUCAUUCCACAUCCGCUCUAACAGUUUGCCAUCAAAGCCACAUCCAGUCGUCGCCGAAGUUGAUGAACAUCUCUGCAGAUUGCAGGCCUCUGAAGCCACUUCUUCAUCUUCUUCUUUGUGCCAAAAACUUGAUCGCCUUCAGGAUUUGCAUGGUUGCAUUGAUAAGUUGCUUAAUUUGCCACUCACCCAUCAAGCUCUUGUUGACAACAAAUCUAUUGAUGACUUGCUUGAAGGAUCUCUCAAGCUCUUGGACUUGUGUGCUUUGGCUAAGGAUGCAUUGUCGCAGACAAAAGAGUCAGCACACGAACUCGAGUCAGUUUUGCGUAGAAGAAGAGGAGAUGACAUCGUAGGCAAUGUUCAGAAGUAUUUGAACUCGCGGAAGAUGGUGAAGAAGGCAAUCCAAAAGGCCUUGAAGGCCAUGGAAAGAACAAGUUCCCAAAAAAGUGAUGAAAGUUCAGAAAUUGGUAGCUUGUUAAAAGAGGCAGAAGCAGUCACAUACAGUAGCAUUGAAUCCUUGUUGUCAUUUAUAGCAGGACCAAAGUUGCCAUCAAAGAUCAGUAGAUGGUCUUUGGUUUCCAAGCUGAUGCAGCCCAAGAGAGUGGCUAGUAAAGAUGAAGACACAAAUGGAAAUGAAGUAGAGAUCGUUGAUGCUUCAUUAAAUUCAAUCACCAGCCACAGUUCUAAUUUCCUUGUGCAAGUUGAAGAUGUGCAGAACUCGCUGAGGAAAUUGGAGUCGAGUAUUCGUGACCUCGAAGGCGAUCUCGAGAGUCUAUAUCGACGCCUCAUCAAAAGUAGAGUCUCCUUUCUUAACAUCCUGAACUAUUGA